CUGCCUGCGCGCACACACACACACAAACCAGAGCAGGGGGGAGCGGAGGGAAAAUUAUCCCGAAAAAUGCCCAAGGAUAGCCUCUUCCUGAUGCUCCUCGUCCAACUGUUGGCUCUUCAUGUUACAGAUUCCCAGCUCACUGUGUCUCAGGGGCCCCUCGCCAAGACGGCAAAAGUCGGAGAGACGGUCGAAUUGGAGUGCCAUCUCAGCUACCUAGUGGAGCUGGUUACUAGCUAUUUCUGGUACAAACAGACUGUCGGUGAAGCCCCGGUGGCAAUCAACAGCACCAGCUGUGAGGAGCCCGCCUGUAAAUUUGUUUCAAAAAAAGGUCGCAGCGAGCGCCUGCUGGUACUGGAAAUCCGCAAUGUCCAGGUGGAUGACUCUGGGACCUACUACUGUGCUGAUAGGGAUGGCUAUGCUCCACUCCAAAAUGGACCAAAACUGCUUGUCGGAGAGAGUUCCACCGAGAAGACCUCUGUCUUAGUCUUCGUCCCGCUGUCUGUGCCUGCCCAGAAUGGCACCGUCCCCUUGGUGUGUCUAGUCAGCGGCGUCUCUUCCAACCAGAUUGUCAUUUUCUGGAAUAUUUCUGGUGAGGUCACCGAGGGGGCGAGCGAUGUGGGGAAGAAGGAGCCAGACGGCACCUGGAACAUCACGAGUCAGGUCACAGUGACAAGUGAACAGUGGACGAGCGGUGCUCUCUGUUCUUGUGUUGUUCAACUGGGAGAAGAAAUCAGGACAAAGAGUGUGUUCUUUGCCCAACAGGCAGCAUCAAGGGAAGGAUGGUGCAGCCAGGCGUUUCCUUACGUUACAGCAGCCUCAGUUGUAGUGGCUCUCGUGCUGAUGCUCUUGAUCAUUUGGAUUUGCAGAAGGCGAAGAUCAGGAAAAGGCAGGAGAUCCCACCGUGAAAAUUUUCGCCUGACGGAGAUGUCGCAAAACGGAGGAAAGGGUCAGCGACAUUCCGGUAAAAACCAUCAAACAGAAGCAAAGCGGGCAAAUCCAGAUGGAGCACAGACUCCCGGUGGUCCUCUGUAUGCCUCCUUGGAAUUUGCUGGUCUGGAGAAGAGGAUCAAAAAGAAGGGGGCACGCCAGUGAAGAUCCAGGUGGAAUUCUAUCCAGGUGGGUUCAAGGAGGAGUCAGGAUUUGCAAUGGAACCCACAACCCUGUGGAAAUCAGUCUGGAGCCCAGAAGACGCCCAGCAGAUAUUGAGGUCUUCCCUGUGCCUUCUCUAGCCUCUCACAAAAAAUUUUGAGAUCCGAGCUUGGAAUAGCCAUGGCUUAAAUCUCAAAGCACACAUUAAGGACCGACCAAGACUUUCUCCCCCGAGUUACAAUGAACCCGCUUCACUUUUUUUUCUUCCCUGCAACUGCAGUCGCUUUUGCAAAAUGCAUGUGUAAAUGAAAUAAAUUAUUCUUGGGCAAGAAGGAAGCAUCAGAGGUUCGUCCCUUAUUUAUAAUUCCUUUGUGGGAUGCGGGCAUCGCAAGCUGGGUCAGUAUUAAUUGCCCUUCCCCAAUAGGCCAGGAGGCUGUUAAGAACAAUCCCCGUGGGCCUGGAGUCACAUGUAGGCAGAUUUCCAUCCCGAAAGGACAUUAGCAGGGCUUUUCAGACAACCAGUGAAUUUUUUGUUGAGCCCAGAGAUUUUUUUUUAAAUUGAAUUCACAUCUGACACGGUGGGAUUCCAGCCCUGGGUUGUACUCGACUCAAAACUUUAACUCUGAUUCAAGCUUUUGUGCUCCUGAGAUGCUGCUGGGCCUGCUGUGUUCAUCCAGCCUCACAUUUUAUUAUCUUGGAUUCUCCAGCAUCUGCAGUUCCCACUAUCGCCCAAGCCUUGCUGCCUGAUUAUCUGCCUUGAUUAAAGUGGUACAAUGCCACCCUCUCCUGGCGGACAGUCACUACUGCAACAGGCCGAAUGGGGAAAAUAGCCUGAGGGAUUUUUUUUUUAAGAGGGAGGACAGCGCCUCACGGCUUCCAUCAAAGAACAGCAGUAUCCGCACAAAGGCUUGAUUUCUAUAAGUAAACUGGCAAAGGCUUUGAUAAAGUUUGAGGUCAUUUUGUAUACUUCUAAAAAGAAUUAUAAACGUGUAAUA